CAAUUAAGUUUUGAAUUUUAUUAAGAAAACAUCAAAUGAAAAACCGGACUGAAAAAUCAAACUGAAAACUGAAUUAAAUUAAAAUAUUCAAAAAAAGAAAAAUAAAAUAUUCAAAACAUAUUGAAUGAGUGUGUGUGUGCUGCAAAGUGAAAGACAAGAAAGAAGUUAAAAUGAAAAACCCGUUGAGAAUUGCCAUUAUUGGCCAAAGUAACUUUGCCGCCGAUGUUUUGGAAUUGUUGUUGGAGAAAAAAUACAAUGUUGUCGGCGUUUUCACCAUACCCAACAAAGGUUCGCGGGAAGAUAUUUUAGCCGCAACUGCUGCCCGUUACAAUAUACCCGUCUUUAAAUUCUCAACAUGGCGUCGCAAAGGUGUUGCCAUACCCGAAGUUUUGGAACAAUACAAAUCGGUACAGGCCACACUAAAUGUGUUGCCAUAUUGUUCUCAGUUUAUACCCAUGGAGGUGAUAGAUGGUGCUUCUCUGGGUAGUAUUUGCUAUCAUCCCUCGAUAUUGCCUAGACAUCGAGGUGCCAGUGCAAUAUCAUGGACUUUGAUUGAGGGUGAUGAGGUGGCUGGAUUUUCCAUUUUCUGGGCUGAUGAUGGUUUGGAUACAGGACCAAUUUUGUUGCAAAAACAGGUUGCAGUUGAGGCCACCGAUACUUUGGAUAGUUUGUAUAAGAGAUUCCUGUAUCCCGAGGGUGUUAAGUCUAUGGCCGAGGCAGUGGAUAUGGUGGCAUUGGGGAAGGCUCCUAAAAUUACCCAAACCGAGGUGGGGGCUACCUAUGAUGCGGCCAUGUUUAAGGAGGAAAAUCAAUAUUUGAAUUUGAAUCAAAGCGCAGAGGUUAUUUGGAAUUUUAUAAGAGGAUUGGAUUCCGUGCCAGGAGCAUUGGUAACGGUGGUAGAUAAGGAACAGAAUGUGGAGGAGAAUAUUCGAUUGUUUGGAGCCCAUUUGUAUGAUGACAAACCAAUUGGAGAGACCAGGGAGUUGUGCUUAAAGGGCCUCAAGCAUCCGGCUUUUGUCCAUGAAAAAGGUCUACUGAUCCAGGGCACCGAUGGUAAAUUUGUGAACGUUAGACGUCUCAAGCGUGGCUCGAAGAUGAUUAAUGCCUGUGAGUGGUUUAGCAUGGCCAGGGGUGUACAAAUUACCCAAUUCUCGGCGGAUGAGUUGAGUAAAAAGGAAAUGUUGAGCAACAUUUGGUUCUCAAUUUUGAAGUGCCCCAUUGAGGCCGAUACAGACUUCUUUGCUGCUGGAGCUGGUUCCAUGGAUGUGGUCCGUCUGGUGGAGGAAUGUAAGGAGGCCUUUGAUGUGCCCUUGGAGAAUGAAAAUGUCUAUAUGGCCCCAGUCUUCGAAGAAUUCUUUGUGGAAAUUGUGAAAACUCUGAGAGAGGGUUCCUCUUCGGAGGGUUCUAAGGUUCACUUUGAUGGUUUCGUAUUGAAGGCCAAUAAGAAGGAGAUUCCCAUACCCACCCAAUUGUUUAUCAAUGGCCAAUUUGUGGAUGCUGAACAAAGGCGAGUAUUGGAUAACAUAAAUCCCACAAAUGAGGAACUUUUGUGUCGGGUGGCCUGUGCCUCUCGCAGUGAUGUGGAUAAGGCUGCCACAGCGGCUCACAAUGCCUUCUAUGGGGCAUGGCGUCAAGUUUCGGCCAGGCAAAGGGGUCAACUCAUAUUAAAAUUGGCCGAUUUAAUGGAGCAACAUAAAGAGGAGUUGGCCACCAUUGAAUCCGUGGACUCGGGCGCCGUUUAUACCUUGGCCCUGAAGACCCACAUUGGCAUGUCCAUUGAUGCUUGGCGUUACUUUGCCGGUUGGUGUGAUAAAAUCCAGGGUAAUACCAUACCUGUAAAUCCGGCCAGGCCCAAUAAUGUGCUGACCUUUACCAAAAAGGAACCGCUGGGUGUGGUGGGCCUUAUUACACCCUGGAAUUACCCACUUAUGAUGUUGUCCUGGAAAAUGGCUGCCUGUAUUGCAGCUGGCAAUACUUGUCUGAUAAAACCAGCUCAAACAUGCCCCCUGACAGCCUUGAAGUUUGCCGAACUCACAGUCAAGGCCGGCUUUCCUCCAGGUGUCAUUAACAUUGUCACCGGCAAGGGUUCCGAGGCGGGCCAGGCCAUUUUGGAACAUCCUUUGAUAAGGAAACUGGGCUUCACUGGUUCCACCGAAAUCGGUAAAACUGUUAUGCGAGCCUGUGCCGAGUCCAAUCUCAAGAAAUGUUCCCUGGAGCUGGGUGGUAAAUCGCCAUUGGUGAUAUUUGCCGAUUGUGAUUUUGAAAAGGCUGUGAAAUAUGGUAUGUCUUCGGUAUUCUUUAACAAGGGGGAGAACUGCAUUGCCGCUGGCCGUCUCUUCGUUGAGGAUCGCAUUCACGACGAAUUUGUGCGACGUGUUGUAAAGGAUCUGCGCUCCAUGGUCAUUGGCGAUCCCCUGCAACGCUCCACAGCCCACGGUCCUCAAAACCACAGAGCACAUUUUGAAAAACUUAUUGAGUUCUGUGAACGUGGCGUCCAAGACGGUGCCACCCUGGUUUAUGGCGGUAAACCGGUACCCAAUACCAAGGGUUAUUUCUUCCAACCCACCGUAUUCACCAAUGUCGAAGAUCACAUGUUCAUUGCCCAAGAGGAAUCGUUCGGUCCCAUUAUGUUAAUCACGAAAUUCCAUGGCAGUGAUAUUGAAUCGGUUAUGCGUCGUGCCAAUCGUUCGGAAUAUGGUCUGGCCAGUGGCGUUUUUACCAAGGACAUUGCUAAGGCACUGGCCUUUGCCGACAACAUUGAGGCCGGCACCGUGUUCGUAAAUGUUUACAAUAAGACUGAUGUUGCCGCACCAUUUGGUGGUUUCAAACAGAGCGGUUUUGGCAAGGAUCUCGGCCAGGAAGCUUUGAAUGAAUAUCUCAAGACUAAAUGUGUUACCAUUGAAUAUUAGAAUGGAAUUGUAGGAUUAAGAUGUUGAACUGUUUUUUUUUUUUUUUUGUAUAGAUAAUAAGUUUUUAGUUAAUAAAAUUAUUGAAAUGUAA